CGGAAAGCCGCCGCCGCCGUCGCCGCCCUCCCUCUCCCUCUCCCCUCUCCCGUCGGCAAUUCUCUCCUGUCGCUGCGCGCAUGAGCAGCCUGCUGCAGUGCAUCCGGUCCAAGUGCGAGUCGGCGUCGAAGAAGAAGAAGGGAGGCGGCGCUGCAGCCCCUGCAGCAUCCGCCCCGGCGGCGGCCGCCGCCAGCAGCGAUGCUGGCCGCCAGUCGGUCGCGCUUCAGCCGCACACGCCGGGCGAGCUGCCGCAGUCGGGCGAGUGCGGUGGCCUUCGGAUGGUGGUGGGCUCCAAGGGGUUUGGCAUGCUCAAGGGCUCCGAGAAGCAGUACGUGGGGGUCGCUGCGGUGCUGACUGCGCUGCUCAAGCCGGAGAGCGUGGCCGAGCCUCUGCGCAGCAUUGCCCUCGCGAAGCGUGAGGAUAUUGAGAGCUUAGCGGAGCGGCAUGCCCUCACCGAGGGCGCGAACAAGCUGCCCGAGGGCGAGGCGGCCAAGAAGCUGCUGAUGCUGGUCGGGCCUCCGAUCGAGAUUGCUGUGCUCGGAGCCAUCGGAGGAAAGAGCUCGGCGCUCGCGCGCGCCAAGGCCAUCCGCGAGUCGCGAACCUCUAGGGCAGCGAAGCCGGCGGCGGCAGCCAAGCCAGACGCGGCGCGGGACAGCACUGCGUCCAAGCCGGACGCGGAGCGCGAGUCCGUCACCUCCGUGCCCGAGAGUAUUGCCGAAUCGGCCGGCGAGGAGGCUGCAGCAGCCGCAGCGUAAUGCACACGCACCCUGGAUCGCCAUCGCGGCCUGCCGCCCCUGCUCGUCUCGACACGGGUGUGUCGAGUGCUGCCUCUUAUUGCGUGCCGGCUCUGGGCUCGCGUGCACUGUUUUCCCGCCAUGCGUGAGAGGAUCUCGUGCGGAGUCUGGUGUCUGCGCCAGGUCUGCGCGCGCGUCUGCGGCGCUCCCCCGGCGAGUACACACGAGUCACUACACAGGGUGAGCUCACAA